UACUUGAGAGAGUCUGUAAGACAUGAUCUCUCAUGACCUCGCUGGCUGAUUUAUGGUACGACACCUAACGGAGCUCGGGACGGACUCCGGCAAUUGAAGCCCCACCAAUCAAUUUACAGCUUGUUCAAACUUGCCUUUUGAUCAAAAUUGGCAUCCUGGAGUUCGAGCAGCAGCCUUCGCGACUAUCUCACAGUACCAAUUAUCAAAGAUCGUUUUCUCAGUUCUAAUAAUGUCCGACGAACAAAUCAGCUCUCGAAAGGCCAGGAUACCGUCAGCCGAAGCACAUGCAUAUGUCAAGUCGAUACUGGAGGUGAAUAGAGUCUCUCCAGAGCAUGCCUCAAUAGUCGCCGAUUGUCUGGUUGCUGCAGACUUGCGAGGUGUCGAUACCCACGGCGUCAACAGAAUUCCAUCUUACGUGGCUCGCAUCAGGCAAGGUGUGCUAGAUCCGAAAGCAGAGCCAGAGUUGAAGGAAAUUACUCCUGUUGUUGCUCAAGUCGACGGCAAGAACGGAUUCGGAUUUGUCUCUGCGAAACUUGGUAUGGCUAAGGCGAUUGAUAUGGCCAAGGUAUUCGGUAUCGGCAUGGUGUCGGUGAAACAUUCCAAUCACUUCGGGAUGUCGGCAUGGGUGGUCCAGCAGGCUUUGGACGCCGGUCUCAUAUCUCUUGUUUUCACCAACUCAUCUCCAGCAUUACCGGUCUGGGGAGGAAAGUCAAAGCUCAUGGGAGUAUCACCUAUCGCUUGUGGAGCUCCAGGAAACGAACAUCCAUUUAUUCUGGAUAUGGCGCCGUCCAUUGCAGCUCGGGGCAAGAUUUAUAAAGCGAAGCGCCGUGGUGAGAGAAUACCAAAAGAUUGGGCACUAGAUGCCGAAGGCCGACAGACGGACGACCCAUCGGCGGCUCUUGAGGGAGUCAUGCUUCCCAUGGGCGGUCCGAAAGGUAGCGCACUGGCCAUUAUGAUGGAUGUCUUCAGCGGAGUCCUAUCCGGAUCUGCCUUCGCUGGCCAUGUCACUAAUCCCUACGACCCUUCACGGCCAGCAGAUGUUGGACAUUUCCUGGUUGCUAUCAAACCGGAUCUGUUCAUGAGCAUGGAGGACUUCAAGGAGAGAAUGGAAUACCUCUAUCAACGAGUUGUCGGCUCUGACAAGAUGGCUGGAGUUGACCGAAUUUACAUGCCUGGGGAAUUGGAGCAAUUGGUACAUGAGGAAAGAAGUCGAUCAGGAAUUCCUUAUGUCGAGGCAGAGAUCGAGGCGCUGAACGAGGAGGCCAGGAGGGUUGGCUCGAGGGAGAUCAAGGUGACGGGCUGGGAAGAAUAGGGGAGGACUAACAAUCGAUCGUCCAGCGUUCACUGUACAAUGAUGUGUCGCUAUGACACUGAGUCUGGGAAUAAGGGCAACGAUUGCACCUUCCUAAUAAGAAAAGAAAGCACACGCUUUUGUGGCAGUGCUUGUACACGGGAAUGUAUGAGGGCACGUAUGAGAACCACGCCUAGCUUCUACGCUAUCUUUCUGCACCUA